CCAAAAGAAGAUAAAGGAGGUCACUACUGUGCCUCAUCUGGUGCCGCAGGCAGCAGCCGCGGAGUCACGUUCUGGUGCUGCGAAGAAGCAGGCAGAAGAGGUGGCUGCGGGAGGGACAGCUGCGGGUCCCCCUGUGAUUGGUGAGAAGAGGAGGCCAGAGCAGAAAGCUGCUGGUGGUGUUGAAACCAAACGUCGGAGGCUAGUAACCAAAAGGUCUGCUCCGGCGCAGAAGAAACCUGCGGUUGUCGUUGAGCGUCAAGAUGAAGAUUUUUCUAUCUUCGAUGCUCCGGAGUCCCCUCCGCGUGCCAUGGAUGCGGGUGGAGCGGAGGUGCCAUCGACACCUCCCGUCAAGGUGGUACCUGAGUCAACCGUGCAGAAGGAGGGUACCGCAGAGAAUGCUGCGGCCCAGAUAUUUGAUACUGUCGACUCGUCCAACAACCUGAUCUCUCCCAAUGAGGGAGACGAUUUGAGUUUGCGGUUCACUGCUACCGGGAAGCAACAUUCUGAUGCUGAACCGCAAAAAACUGGCGAUGAAGCGCGGCAGCAUGAUGCUGGGCCGCAGAAGUCUGCGGUUGAUAAGGGUACCAGUUCGUCGGCCGAUGGUGCGGGGUAUGACGGGCCUCCAAUUCAGCCUGGGGAGUCUGAAUUGGAGUAUUACUACCGCACCUACUCCCAGGAUCGCGGUACGCUGUACCAUCGACCCCCCUGGACUGUAUUGCAGGGGGAUGAUAUUGCUAACGACCCUGCGGCCUGCAGGGAGAUCCUGGGUGGUCUUGGGACCCCCUUUGAAGUUGAGCGGGCUCGUGCCGCACCGCGGGAGCUGCGUAUAAACCAGCUCUCGACCAUGUUGGUAGGGACUUCCAUUGUGGCUAAUGCCAUUUUGGAAGAUUAUAAGGUGCUGGGCCGCCGCGAGGAAGAUGCUGCUCGCAUGCGGGCAGAAGCGGAAAAACUGGUCCAGGCUGCCCGUGCGGGUGCGGAGCAGCUCGAGAAGGAUAAAGCUGCGUUUGAGAAGCAGAAGCAGACUUCGGAAUGGGCUGCCGCUGCCCAGCUAAAACAGGUGCGUUCCCUUGCUAAACUCCUUGCUGAUGAGCGUAAGCGUUGGGAGGAAAUUUCAUCCAACGAGCGCAAGAAGUGGAACGAAUCUUGGGCUAAGCAGAACAAUCUUCUGUUUCAUACUCGGCAGGAGCUAGCAAACGCCAAGGCGGCAAAUGUUGCCUUGGGCAAUGAAAAAGCUGCGGCUGAGGCCGCAUCAGCUAAAGCGCUGCAGGCAAAGGAUGAGGCCCUGAAGGCGCUGCUACUGAGGCCAAGGAUGCCUUGGUGUGAUGAGGUGGAAAUUAAGAAGGGUAAGAAUAUUUGUAGGGUUGGAAAUGAAAUUGAGGUUUUUAAGGCUUUGUAA